GCCACUCGGGACGGUACCGCGCGCCGCUCAAACUUGUUGCGAGACCAAUUUUCCGAAAAUCCCUAAUUCUCUGCGGUGCAUUGGCCAGAGUUCACCCAAAAAAAAAAACAAGAAAACAAAACACCCACACACACAUUUUCGUUUCGCGAUUGAUUGCCAGAGCUCUCCGGAGACCCAAACACGGAAAAAGAGAAAACCACAAAUACCAAACCACAAACCGAUCGAGUUAUAAAAAAUACAAAAAACAAAGAGCCUUCAAAACGGCAGCCACAAUUUCCAGCGCAGGAUUAGGAGGAGACGUCGCCGCGUACGCUGAUCUCCACCAGCACUCGCACUCGCAUCCGCAUCCACAUCCCCAUUCCCACCACCCGUUCGCCACCGACGGCUUUAAGCUGCGUUCCGAGGAGCCGGUGCCGGGCUUCAGCUCGGCCUCCCCCUGGCCCACCCUGGAGCUGGGCAUGGAGUGGGGCCGGAAGCUGUACCCCAGUGCCGUUUCCGGUCCGCGAUCCGCCGGCGGCCUCAUGUUCGGCCUACCGCCCACCGCCGCCGUCGACAUGAACCAGCCGCGCGGUCCGAUGACCUCGCUGAAGGAGGAGCCGCUGGGCAGCCGGUGGGCCAUGCAGCCAGUCGUCGACCAGAGCAAUUUGGGCAUCGGGCGCGCCCACUUCGAGAAGCAGCCGCCCAGCAAUUUGCGCAAGUCGAACUUCUUCCACUUCGUGAUCGCCUUAUAUGAUCGAGCCGGCCAACCCAUCGAGAUCGAGAGGACGGCCUUCAUAGGCUUCAUCGAGAAGGACUCGGAAUCGGAUGCCACCAAGACAAACAAUGGCAUCCAGUACCGACUGCAGUUGCUCUAUGCAAAUGGAGCUCGCCAGGAACAGGACAUAUUCGUGCGCCUCAUCGAUUCGGUGACCAAGCAGGCCAUCAUAUAUGAGGGUCAGGACAAGAAUCCCGAGAUGUGUCGAGUGCUUCUAACGCACGAGGUGAUGUGCAGCCGUUGCUGUGAUAAGAAGAGCUGUGGUAACCGCAACGAGACGCCAUCGGACCCCGUCAUUAUUGAUCGCUUCUUCCUAAAGUUCUUCUUGAAAUGCAAUCAAAACUGUCUGAAAAACGCCGGCAACCCGCGGGACAUGCGCCGAUUUCAGGUGGUUAUCUCCACGCAGGUGGCCGUGGACGGGCCACUUCUGGCCAUCUCCGACAACAUGUUCGUGCACAACAACUCGAAGCACGGACGGAGGGCCAAGCGGCUGGACACCACGGAAGGUACAGGCAACACAUCCCUGUCCAUUUCCGGUCACCCCCUAGCGCCCGACAGUACCUACGAUGGACUCUAUCCACCGCUGCCCGUGGCCACGCCCUGCAUCAAGGCGAUCUCGCCCAGCGAGGGCUGGACAACAGGUGGCGCCACCGUGAUCAUAGUGGGCGAUAACUUCUUCGACGGACUGCAAGUGGUAUUUGGAACCAUGUUAGUCUGGAGCGAGCUGAUCACCUCGCACGCCAUCCGGGUGCAGACCCCACCGAGACACAUUCCCGGCGUGGUGGAGGUGACGCUAUCCUACAAGAGCAAACAGUUCUGCAAGGGAUCGCCCGGUCGCUUCGUCUAUGUCUCAGCUCUCAACGAACCCACAAUCGACUAUGGUUUCCAGCGCCUGCAGAAGCUUAUACCCCGUCAUCCUGGCGAUCCCGAGAAGCUGCAAAAGGAAAUUAUCCUGAAGCGGGCUGCCGAUUUGGUCGAGGCCCUGUAUUCCAUGCCCAGAUCCCCGGGCGGCUCGACGGGCUUCAAUUCGUACGCCGGUCAGCUGGCGGUCAGUGUGCAGGAUGGUUCGGGCCAGUGGACCGAGGACGACUACCAGCGGGCCCAGUCCAGUAGCGUGAGUCCACGUGGUGGCUACUGCAGCAGCGCCUCCACGCCACACAGCUCGGGAGGAUCGUAUGGCACCACGGCGGCCAGUGCUGCGGUGGCGGCCACGGCGAAUGGCUAUGCUCCUGCUCCCAACAUGGGCACACUCUCCUCCUCGCCCGGCAGCGUCUUCAACUCGACGUCAAGGGUCAGCAGCCUGAGUUUCAAUCCCUUCGCCCUGCCCACCUGCAACACACAGGGCUAUAGCACCCAACUGGUGACGUCAACCAAAUAAUAUUACUACUAAAUGAGGCUAUUGGCAGGCCCCAAAUCCCCUACUCCCCCGGAGAUACGCAGAUAUCACGCCAAUUACAAGAAGCUCGAAAGUGCAAUAAACAAAAGAGAAUGGUUCCAAAAUUCAAAACAAAAAUCUAUCGAUAUAGUUGUACAUUUUUUGAUUGUAUCCCGUUUUUAACUUUUAAUUUCAAUACGCCUCGGUUAUAGAUUUAUACAAAUACGCAUAGAAUACCAUAUCAAAGUAAUGGAAAACAUAUGAAAGAGGGAGGCAUAUCAUGCAGCAACAGCUUAGAUCGGGCAGAUAUAGUUCUAAAGUAGCUUGAUUAAACACUCAAAUUUUGUAAAUAUUUAUCCCAAAAUAAAUAAAACUUAAUAAUAAUCGGAACUGUGAAUAGAGGAAAUUAUACCAAUUUAUAUACCCAUGAUGAUCAGUACUAAUACGAAUCCAGAUAUACCAAAACAGAUACAAUUUGAACGAACUUUUGGACAUAACUAAAUGCUUGUAUACGACACUUUCUUGGAUAUAUAUCGAAAAAAAAAUACAAAAGAAAAAUAAAAGUCUUGGAAAUACACUCUGCCAAUUGAGAGAACCGAAAUCAAAAUGUUAUAUACCUACAUAGAUAUACAGCCGUAUUUAUGGCGACAUUUGCAGCAUAUCUAAGCGUAAUAUUACAACAAAUUUAUACCAAACUUUUGGCAAACAUAUCGUGCACUUAGUCCUAAUAUCCAUCUCACGCGAAUCCAUACAUAUUUGUAUAAUGCCCAUCAUAUCCGCAACUCU